CCCUCCUCCACGGAGUUACCGCAAAAGGCGAAGAAGGCAGCCCCUCCUGCUGCAGUUGAAGCUGCUGCACCAGUCCGCCACUGCCGCGACCGCGCUCUCAAGAGGCCUGCGCGCAGAAUCGAUCUUUCUAGCCUGCUGAGAAAAGAGACGGGUCGGCCCGAAUUCCGGCCGCGAGACCCACCCAACCCGCCGCGCUGCUUCCUUCAGCCUGGCGCACACUGCCGCAAUUAGCCUGCGGUCAUCCUCGCUCUGAUUGGAUCUACCGUUCGCUCGCUCGCUGUCUAUUGUUAUCGGUCUGCUGGCUGUGCUAAGAAGGCUCUGACCUCGCAGUCGCGAAAACCAGCGCCAACUGACGGAAAAGACCCCAAGCGUGACGACACUGCUUCCUUCCGGCACAACCUCUACAACCCCAGAAGCUAUGGAGGUGGCGGUGGUCUCAGAAGCCGUCGUGUCCGAGGCGUUGCACCAGCUCUACAGCCCGCUGAGCUCGCCGCGGGUGCGUCGUCGUGCUGACUCACUGCUGCAGCAGUUCCAGCGCUCGCCCGAGGCUGCGCAGACCGCGCUGGGCGUGCUGCAGGCGCCUAUUGUUGACACGGGGAACGCCGAGCACAAUGCGUUGCUGCGAGCCAAGCGCGCGUUUGCUGCGUCGACGAUCUACUUCACGGUGGCCUCGUACAUUCGCAAGUACAAGAUGGACGACCCGGCCAACUGGACACCGGAAGAUCGUGCUCAGCACGAGGUGCUGGUGAAGGACUUCGGGCAGAUGGCUCAAGAUGUGUGGAAUGUGCUGACGGGGCCGAACGGAACCCACGAGGAACUGAACGUGCAAACCCACUUGGCGCUGACGAUCGCUGUCAUCCUGCUGCGCUUCCACGAGCCGCAGGGCGACAGCACAGUCGUCGGAGCAGUGGAGUGGCUCGUGCAGAACCAGCAGCACCCGGUGAGUGACAACGUGACGGCUGCGCUAACUAAUUUUGCAGUGCUGCUGACGCUGAAGGUCAUCCCAGAGGAGGUUGACAACAAGCGAGUCAAGUUUACAAAGGUGAAACGUGCUCAAUGCGAAGACAUGGUUCAACAGUGUGCCGCACACGUGGUCCGGAGUGUGCUGCCGUCGAUCGCUACAGCUAUUGAUGCGAGUGAAGACCAAGUGCAGUUGCGGGGCCUGUUGUUGCAAGCUUUUGCGAGCUGGGUGGAGCAUGGAACGGUAUUGCCAGCAGUUAUUAUCGAAUGCGGGAUGCUGGAUCGCGCGUUCCGUGAGUCGUUGGUUCCAGCUGCUUCGGUGUAUGCCCUGCAGGUUGUACGCGAAGUUGUUCGCGCCUGUCGCCAUGAUGAGCACGUGCAGCUCAUGGAAAUGGUGAUGCACAACUUUGUGAUGCUAGGAAAGCACCUCCAGGAGCGCAUGGCUGCGUCAGCGAAAAGUAUGGACUUUUGUCUUGCUGACUGCGCGAGAGCGAUAUCGGAGUGCGGACAAGCGUUCAUCGUCUAUUUUGUUGACUACACGCUCGACAUGCGUCCCGGGUCUCUCGUUUACGAAUUUUUGGACACUAUUCUCUACUUCACGUCGUUGAACAACCUGGACAUCUCGAACGAGACGAUGGAGUUUUGGAUUAAUUUCCGCACGUACAUAUCUGGAAAGCACGAGCAACGCAUGUACGUGUUUGAAACGUUCAUCUCGCGGUUGCUGGUCAUCCUGAUAGAGCGAACGCAGUAUCCCGAGGGUUUUGAAGCCUUUCCAGAAGCAGCGAAGGAGCUUUUCUUCCUGUACCGAAGCGAAGUGCGCAAUGUGUUCCGAGCCCUUGCCACUGUCACGGUCGCUAGUGAGGACAAGUUCAUUGUAGAUGCUAUUCAUGCGAUCUUCCAACAGUACGAAGCCGCCGAGUCGGGAGCGCCUUUGCCGCCGGAUUGGUGGCGACGCACGGAAGUGUAUGUGCACGCAUUAAGCGCGCUGUCAAAAUCGAUUCGUGAAGAAGACACGUCGCUCGUUCCAAGGCUGUUCGAAUGUUUGUCGCGAAAAGAGCCCUCGCACCGCGCGCUCUCGCGCACAGUCACCAUCUUCCUUGGUGUAGCCGGUCAUUGGUUUGCCCGCCAUCCAAAGUACUUGGGGACAUACGCUUUCCAAAUUGUGUCGAAUGGCUUCGAGCUCUCCGAGGACGGUUCUGGUAUCCCUUUUAGUCAACAUGGUCUAGAAGAUCACGUGGGUGCUGUUGCCCUCCGCAAACUGACGCUUCGCUGUGGCUCGCACUUCUUCAAUCCGCUGUGGAUGGACGCACUGGUGAACCUGUACCGCUCGAACCGCGCUGCAGUAGGGGGACCGUCGCCGCCAUGCUUGACGGGGAAUAGCGCGAAGCUUAUUGUCGACUCGAUCUGCCAUGUUCUCACGACGGUGUCGUACAAGGAUGCACUUCCUGUAGUGGAGGAGCUUGGAACGAUCAUGUUCUCGGACCUUGCUUCGCGCUACAGCCAACUAAAUCCUGACGACGAAGGCUCCAUCGAGUUCCUGUGCGAAAUGUUCAACCAUCUCCUCGUGUUGGCCACACGGAUUCCUCUCCAGAUGGACCAAGAGGUCCCGCAUCCAGUGCUGUGCGUGUUGCAGAAGCAGUGGGAGGUGUUGGCGACCAUUUUGAGCGUGUACGGCUGCUGCGAGGAGGUCAUUGAACCAUUUUGUGCGCUGCUAGUAGGUGUUUUUGAAUCAUUGCGAUCUCAAGCUUUGGAACUGGCAUCCGCAAUCAUGCCAGUAUUGCUGGAACAAUUCUCGCGGAGCCAUGACGGUAGCUAUCUAAGCGUGAUCAAAAGUAUCAUCGGGUGUGCUGGUGAUGACGAGGCUACAGCAGUGAGCUUAACGCGCGUGAUGGUGAUUGUCAGCGAAAGCUCCAUGAGCAAAAUUGCGGCAGACGGCAGUGUUGAUGAGCACCCUGGAUUGACGGCCGCGUUGUUUUCUCUGGUGGCCACGUGCGGCACGCACCACCCGUCAAUUCUAGUACAGUCGAAUCAGUUGGAGGGUGUGCUGGCAUUAGCGCUACACGCUUUCAAGUCGCAGAACCCCGAAGUUGGAGCCGCAACACUCGACUUUCUGCUCGAGUUGGGGUCGCUCUACGGUCAAAUCCUGCGCACCCCGGAAGCUUUACUGCAGGGACCCGAGUUUGCCGGGAAACUCCUACUUCACCAGCAGAUCCAAACGCUGUUCUUCGAGAAGGACGUGCAAUACCACGUCCUCUUCGCACUCUUCAACGCCGCUGCAGGGGGCAUGUCGCCGAACUUGAUGGACAAGAUCGCGGAGGUCGUUCGGUCAUGCUGGGUGUACUUUGGCCGGCAGAGAAGUGAAGAGCUGAUCCAUCGGCUCCUAUCCGACAGCAACUUUUUGGGGUCGCAGGUCAGCGAGCGUGCUCGAGCCGAGUUCCUUAAUUACAUCUCCACACCGACUUGUGUGGAAAACUCGCGCAAGUUUAAGCGUGUGCUAAACGCGUUUUGCGACCACUUCAAGCGCAACCUUACGGUUAGUGUGAACGGGGAUGCAAUGCCGUUGUAA